UACUGCUGGCUCCACAGAUCUGUGCUGGUAAUAUUCAUGACACAUCUAUCAGUUUCAGUGCUGGUGAAAGCUGAGGUGCAGUCAACAACUGUGCAAUCAUCAGAAGCAGUAUCUAACAACCUAAACAGUCUUCGGAUGACCACAUCUUCAAAUGGAUCUAAAACAACAGAGGAAAUUAACACUGUGGCCUCUCCAACAAUAUCAUAUGCACCAACAACAAGUCAAGCAGGUGAAACCGACACAAGCCAUGUUACAACAGAAACAUCACAGACCUCUCCAUCACUCCCAGUGGAUACAGCUUCCAUGACUGCACCCUCUGGCACGGCGGAACAAUUAUCGCCAGAAUCACAUACCACAGCAACGACAACCACUGCAUCAACAACAUCUGAGUUUACAACAAAGGUCACCAACCAGCAAGAUGCCACAACGGAUACAACUCCUUCGGAUAUAACCUCAAAAGUCUCAAGUGGAACAUCGUGGUCGUCAUCAAUGUCAGCAGGAUGGGAAAAUGGAGGAACACCAACACAAACAAAUACAACAAUAACGGACAUACACCAAUCAAUCCUUACUGAGACAUCCUCCACAGUUACCGAGGCAUCAGAAACGGUCACUGUCAAUGUGUUCAGCUCAAGCAGCAACACAGUGAAUGAAUUUCCCAUUGCGUCCACUGCAACAUCAGUUACCAGCACAGCUGUGUCAAUAACAACACCUCUGUCACGCCUGACAACGACCGAACUGACGAUGACUCGUCCAGACCUGUCAACUGCCGUGAGUGAGGCAGAGACAACAUAUUCCUCAGCCCUACCAUCUCAAACAACACAGGCAAACACUCCAACAUCUACAGACAGACUAGGACCAACAGAACUAACUUCAAUAUCUACCAGCGCAACAGACUUGGCUUCAACAUCAGACGAGACAAAUUCAUCAACUAUACGACAAUCUACUUCACCAAGUGCAGCAGCAUAUACCAAUACAAUGUCCUCUUUGACAACAGAAACUUUAACAUGGUCCUUAGAUUCAGUUACUCCUGCUUCUAAUACGUGUGUAUAUGUCUGUAUAAUGUCCUCCACAACAGCAGCGUCAACCCCUGCACCCUUGAUGUCCAUCAGCUCAAACAGUGAAACUACAACUGCACAGUUAUUUCCAUCAAGUGCAGCAGCAUACACUAAUACAAUGUCCUCCUUGGCAACAAAAGAAACCUCAACAUCGUCAUCAGAUUCAAUAACCCCUGCUCCUACUAUGGAGAUGGCAUUUACUUCUACAAGCGCGUCACAAAUAACAACAGCGACAACAUACUCUUCUGUUUCACAAUCUCAACAAACAUCAACAGAAACAAUAACAAGCAGCCCAACCGCGACAGAAAAACUGUCAUCACCAGACAUACCCAUCUCAUCUACCACUGCAACAGACUUGGCUUCAACAACACAUGAGACAAAUUCUCCAACUUUAGCUCAAUUUAGUUCAACUUCACAAAUGAAAGAAACCUCCAAUAUUGUACUGACAAGCACCUCUUUAGGUGAGACAGGUCUUCCAGUAGUAACAGAUACAUACGAGUCUACAGCAUCUCCCACAGUGUCCCAAUCUCCUGUGCGUGUCUCCUCUACAGGAACAAGUCAGUUUACUGAAAGCCCUGGGUCCUCUCAACCCACAACAUCAACAGAUUCCACAAUUGAGCCAACAUCUACAGCUCCUGUUAGAGGAACAAGUCAGUUUACUGAAAGCCCUGGGUCAUCUCAACCCACAACAUCAACAGAUUCCACAAUUGAGCCAACAUCUACAGCUCCUGUUAGAGGUACCACUCUUUCAUCUUCUGCUAGCACAGACUCGUCCUUUUCCUCCACAACUGUUACAGCUGCACAGAAAACCUCACCCACAGAAUCAAUGUCAACCUUGCCAGUGUUCACCACUGAGACAUUUUCGACGCAUGCAUCAUCCAUGCCGACUAAAACGCUCACAAGUGAGCCCCCUAGUACCACAGUGCUUGAUGAGACUCAACCAGAGUCUGGAAUAACUACCAGUUCAGCUCCAAAGAGCAUAAUGUCUGAAUUGACAACACUUCACAGCACAUAUUCAGAUUCAACAACAGAAAAAACAUCAUCAGUCAUGCCAAGUUUAACUACAGAAUCUUCACCAACUCUGCCAGUAUCUGCAGGAAGUGAAAUAUCAACACAAACAUCUGAGGAAGCAGUCACAAGCAUGUCAGAUUUGAGUAGUACCAUGCCUAUAGGACAUUCUAUAAUGUCCUCCACGACAGCAGCGUCAACCUCUGCACCCUUGACGUCCAUCAGCUCAAACAGUGACACCACAACUGCGCAGUCAAAUCCAUCAAGUGCAGCAGUAUACACUAAUACAAUGUCCUCCUUGGCAACAAAAGAAACCUCAACAUCGUCAUCAGAUUCAGUAACUCCUGCUUCUACUAUGGAGGUGACAUUUGCUUCUACAAGCGCGUCACAAACAACAACAGCGACAACAUACUCUUCUGUCUCACAAUCUCAACAAACAUCAACAGAAACAAUAACAAGAAGCCCAACUGCGACAGACAAACUGUCAUCACCAGACAUACCCAUCUCAUCUACCACUGCAACAGACUUGGCUUCAACAACACAUGAGACAAAUUCUCCAACUUUAGCUCAAUUUAGUUCAACUUCACAAAUGAAAGAAACCUCCAAUAUUGUACUGACAAGCACCUCUUUAGGAACGAGUCAGUUUACUGAAAACCCUGGGUCCUCUCAACCCACAACAUCAACAGAUUCCACAAUUGAGCCAACAUCUACAGCUCCUGUUAGAGGAACAAGUCAGGUUACUGAAAGCCCUGGAUCAUCUCAACCCACAACAUCAACAGAUUCCACAAUUGAGCGAACAUCUACAGCUCCUGUUAGAGGAACAAGUCAGGUUACUGAAAGCCCUGGAUCAUCUCAACCCACAACAUCAACAGAUUCCACAAUUGAGCCAACAUCUACAGCUCCUGUUAGAGGAACAAGUCAGGUUACUGAAAGCCCUGGAUCAUCUCAACCCACAACAUCUACAGAUUCCACAAUUGAGCAAACAUCUACAGCUCCUGUUAGAGGAACAAGUCAGGUUACUGAAAGCCCUGGAUCAUCUCAACCCACAACAUCUACAGAUUCCACAAUUGAGCGAACAUCUACAGCUCCUGUUAGAGGAACAAGUCAGGUAACUGAAAACCCUGGAUCAUCUCAACCCACAACAUCUACAGAUUCCACAAUUGAGCGAACAUCUACAGCUCCUGUUAGAGGAACAAGUCAGGUUACUGAAAGCCCUGGAUCAUCUCAACCCACAACAUCUACAGAUUCCACAAUUGAGCGAACAUCUACAGCUCCUGUUAGAGGAACAAGUCAGGUAACUGAAAACCCUGGAUCAUCUCAACCCACAACAUCUACAGAUUCCACAAUUGAGCGAACAUCUACAGCUCCUGUUAGAGGUACCACUCUUUCAUCUUCUGCUAGCACAGACUCGUCCUUUUCCUCCACAACUGUUACAGCUGCACAGAAAACCUCACCCACAGAAUCAAUAUCAACCUUGCCAGUGUUCACCACUCUCAGACAGUGA